CCUUUCUGGUUAAUUGCUAUUGUUGCAUUUUGAGAGUAAUGCUUGGGACAAACAGUGCAUUGUUCACUUUUACUAAGGUACCAGCCGAUUGUUUUGUUAUAACCUAAAACUGGAUUUUUUUUUUUUAAUUUAAUAACUGCUUACCGAGAAAUGCUGUUCACAAUGUGAGUUGACCAAAGCAUGUUUGAGAAUUCCAACACAGCCCAGACGCCGAAACUGCAGCCCGCCCGGGCUGUCUUGGCCCAGAGUAAGCGUGUGUCCUCUGGCUCCUUGGCACCAGCCAGCACCCAUGACACGACAGCGGGCGGCCUCAAGUCGGGUAGUGGGCACCAACACUUAAAGAACGCCCUCAACCUUGGGAAGGCAAUGGGAGCGAAAGUCAACGACCUCCUGCGUAGGAAGGAGCAGAGCAGCCUGGGAGACAUUGGGGUGACCGAAGUCAACAAAAACGUGGGAGCCGUGCUGACCGGCGCAAGCAAAGAGCUCGGCAAUGGCGGGGUGAAGCUUCAGGAUACGUUUCCUCGACUGGAGCCGCCACCUCCGAUUGUUAAGAAACGCAUGGCUCGGUCACUGAAGACCACCCAGGACAUGAUGAUUUCCUCCCAACCCGUGGUCAACAGCCCCGAAGCCUCAGACGUUUCUUUCAACGAGUCACCAGACAAGACUCCUUUAGUCCAAAAUGGGAAAGCCGCUCGAGAUGAAGAGGAACAAAGCAGUCCAGCGAUGUCACCAUACCACGAGCAGGGUGGAAAUGAGGCCGAGACCAGUGAGGCUUUGCGGCCUGAGCUUGACGCCCAGCGUGAGAAGGAUGACGACGACGACAUCUUGGAAGACACCAACCAGCAGUUGCUUUCUGUGCCCGACCUGAUCCAUAAGGAAACUUUAGACCUUAAGCAGAGGUCUGCUGGGCAGGAGGGGAGGAUGACGUCCACGCCGCAGUGUGGGAAGAUGGGCCUGCACAUCAGCAUCAGCGAAGAUGACCUUCUGGAGAACGGAUCAGAAGAUUCUGGCGUGCCAAGGCAGAGGAGUUCCAGCGUCGAUGAGGAAGAGCAUCACCCUGAUCUUCUGUCUUUUGAGUGAGGAGCAAACGGGUGCUCGUGACCUCUUGGAUUAUUCCCAUAACAGAGGGGGACUUUAGUUUUUUGGAAAGUUGAGUGCCACCUCCCUUCUAGCCCUCUCUUCCUGGAUUUCACCAAAUGCCUCUGAAGUGGCUUGCAGGCUCUCCAGGCGUCCAUUGAGUUGAUUGUUAAGCUAUACAUGAGGGACUCUAUAAACAGAUCACUUUUCUUGUCAUCCUCAUGAUCUGAUUGACAUAAGGAAUACAAAUGUAUCCUCCAAGGUGGGAAAUGUCAUUUUCCAGAAUCCUGCAGCACCUCUUGACUGGUGUAAUGGAAAUCUGAUCUUCUGAGAGCUUCCAUCAUGCAGCCCAUAUAUUAAUAAGUGCUACCAGAGACCUUGAGAUGGGUUAGGGUGGUCACCCUGGGCAUAGCCAUCCCCUCAAACACAUACAUUCCUGUGGCCCAUUUCAGAAUGCCCACCUUGUGAGCAGAACUGCUGUAGCCUGACAGAAACACGGUGGUCCUCGAAGGCAUUCAACCCUUCCUUUAACCACUUGAGUCCUUCCUUUAUUUUUUAAUGAAUUUGUUUUAUUGCUAUUAUAACUCUUAUUAUCAUUUGUAUUGUAAUCAAAGAAGGUUGUGCAAGAGACUACUGGGAAUUAUUGAAGUACCUUAGCUGAAGUGUGAAAUGCCGUCCAAGAGUUUCUUGGUUUGCUGCUUUAGCAUUUUAAGGUGAACCCGAAAAUGCUGACAUGUUGAAGUACCUUUGUGUGGAAGUUCCUUUCUCCGAAUGGCCUGCAGACCCCAGUAACUACUCGGCUCAUGCAUUUCCACUGAUGGCCUGCAGGUGGCAGUAACUCUGCACUGUUUUGUUUGUUUUAACAUUUUUGUUCUCCCCAUCACCUCCAGAGGGCACCAGCUGACUGACUUUAAAUUUUCAUUUCCAGUAAUGAUAUACAGAGGGCAGUAAUUGUCUUUAAUUGAUUUAAAAAAUAAAUAUAAUUUAUGUAAUUAACUUUUACCUUUAUUCUUUUCCUUUCCUCUACAGUGGGAACUAGCUAAGCGACUUUUAUUCUUUGCGGUUUUCUUUUCUGCUAAUGACCAACAGAAAUAAAUGACUUUUUAUUAUUCCUUUUUCUUUUCCAUAAAUGGCCUGCAGAGGGCAGUACCUGUCUGUCGUUGUUUUGGUGUCUCAUUGCCGUUCCCACUUAUGGCCACCAGAAACACCUGACUGGCUGAAACUUCUACAUGGCAGGUUUUCCUGGAGGUGUUUCAGUGGCUCCAUGUGUGAUGUCUCUGAUUGACAGGGAACAGAUUCUUUAUGAACAAAUUGUAGCAUUUUGUUUUCCACUAAUGACCUGUAGGGGGCAGUCACUUUCUGUCAUUGAUUAUUUUUAGCUCCCUUACCAUAAGUAACUUUUUAUUUGUUGCUCUUUUCCUUUCUUCAAAUGGCCAACACUGGGCACUACCAUACUGACUUAAUUUGAACGGCUUUCCCUGAGGCUUACAGAUGGCAAUAGUUACACUGAGGUUUUUAUUUUUCCUGAUUCAUUUCUUCAAUUGGCCUACAGAGGGCAGUUACUAUCUGCCACUUAUGUAUUUAUUGCCAUUCCUAUUACUGCUUCACAGAAGGCAUUAACUAAUUGCCUUUCAUUAUCUUCGCUGCUAAUAUACAAUUACCAUAAGCAACUUUUAAUGUUGUUCUUUUCCUUCCCUCUGAUGGCUUACAGAGAACACUAACAAAUUGCAUUUUAUUUUUUAACGAUUCCUUUUCCAAUAAUUGCUUACACAGGGCAGUACAUUUCUAUCACCUACUCAUUUACCGUAUUUAUUCCAAAUAAUGGCCAACAGAUGGCGCUAACAAGCUGCCUUUUUACAAUUUUAAGUGUUUCUGUUUCUGCACAAGUCCUCUAGAGGGCAGAAACAGUCAGCCAGUGAUUUAUUUUCAAUACCAUCACCAGCUUUUAUUACUAGGAUUUUACUUUCCUCUAAUGGCCUACAGGGGGAGCUAACGAGACAGGUUUAUUUUAUUUUCUUGUGUCUUUUCUACUAAUUACCAAUUGAAUGUAGUCAUUGU